GCAACGAUGGUUUUAAAACGUAUAUCUGUAUACUACGCGAUAUUUGUGUAAAAAAAGUAGGAUGGAGAGGAUACUGUCGACUCCAAGUCCGGCAUCCACCUAUUGUACUUCCCAGUACUCGCCGGUUCGAAGAUCUCAGCGCCUAAUCGACAAGGAAAACCGGGACUCGCAGAAGAUCCUCCCAAAUUGCCGUUCUCCGCAAUUGUUUGGGAACACUGAAGAUGAUUUCAGUGAACUAUUUCUCCAGCAGGAGAAACCUCCGUCGAAAGUUGUACAUAUGAAACCUGCGGAUAAGGUAGUACACCUAAGAUCCUCAGAAAAGGUCGUCCACUUGAAGCCAUCAAAUAAAGUUGUCCACCUGGAGCCUUCAAAUAAGAUUAUCCACCUAAAGCGGCAGAAUGAGAUCAAUAGUCAAGCAAAAAAUAAGGAUGCAGUUCAGGAUGCUGGUCCACCAAGGACUUCCCAAAGGAAGAGGAGCCAUCAGGCCAUCCCAAAAAAACGUGGGCCUAAACCCAAGCAACCGGCCAAGGAGAAGCCUACAAAAUGCCAAUCAAAAGUUCAAGUCGAUCAUCUAGGGAUCUCACCCUCUCCAUCGAAACUGCCUCAACAAUAUCCAGCACACUUUGUUCAUCAACUGCCCCCCGUUAAGGACACCGUUCGCCUUCGUUCAUCAUCAGUUCCGGCCACUAAUCUCCAUCACUUUUCUCCAACACCCGAGGAUACUCCCGAUGCGGUGACUCAUGGCAGAUUGUUAAACAAAUCACCAUCGGAUCUCGAUUCCGAUAUCUCUAUGAACAUCUCCCUGAGCGACUCAAUUGGCGAGAUAUUUGGAACCAAGGAUUUAAGCUGCAUUCUGGCGGUGCAGCUCCCGCGUCAAUAUAUUCUGCUUGAGGAUCACCUGCCCGCCUUGGCCACCAUGUUGAAUGUGGACUUGGAUCGCCUGAGAAAUGUCUUGGAAAUAACUCAGGGCUUGACCCACGAGCAGAUCCUGCGCCUUCCGAUAAAGCAGGAAGUGGAGGAGAUAGAUGAUCAGAUGAACUCAUCUGGCAUACAUACGCAUUAGACUUUCUUAUUGUCAAGUUCCCUGUUACUUCAAAUACAAAAUGUUUCCACUUUGAAUAGUUUUAAUAGGAUCAUUCCAAUUGACCAAGUCCAACAUGUAUAAUAGUCUAGU